CCCAAAGCUUGUACAGGUGACAGACACAGCCCGGUCUUCCUGCGUCUCUCUUGUACCUGGACGCCCUCGGAGCAGCUAGCUGCAUCUCUACAAACCAUCCAGUAGGCAGCAGUUGUUUGGAGGAGAGAUGGCGCCGGCGGCAUUGACGGCGUUGGACGCGAGGGCGCCACGGGCGGAGGGCCUGGCGACGGUGCUGGCCAUCGGCACGGCGGCACCGGACAACUGCGUGUACCAGGCCGACUACCCGGACUACUACUUCCGGGUCACCAACAGCGACCACCUCCCCGAGCUCAAGCAGAAGUUCAAGCAGAUAUGUGAGGGGUCCAUGAUCCGGAAGAGGCACAUGCACAUGACCGAGAAGCUGCUUGAGCAAAACCCCAGCAUGUGCGACGAGUUCAACGCCCCGUCACUGGACGUGCGCCAGGGCAUCCUCCUCACCGAGGUCCCCAAGCUCGGGAUGGCUGCGGCGCAGAAGGCAAUCAAGGAGUGGGGCCAACCGUUGUCGAAGAUCACACACCUUGUGUUCUGCACCCGGCAAUCCGUGGGCUUGCCGGGUGCCGACUACCAUCUCAUAAAGAUGCUUGGCCUCAACCCGUCGGUGAGGCGCGUCAUGUUGUACCUACAAGGCUGCUUCGCCGGCGCUACAGCGAUCCGUGUGGCAAAGGACAUUGCCGAGAACAACCAUGGAGCACGCGUCCUCAUCGUCUGCUCGGAGAUCACAGCCGCCACCUUCCGUGGCCCCUCAGCCACGGGGUCCCACCUUGAUAAUCUCGUCUCCCAGGCGCUCUUCGGUGACGGCGCCGCCGCGAUGGUUGUUGGUGCUGACCCCAAGGAGCCCAUGGAGAAGCCAAUUUUCCAGUUGGUCUCAACAAGCCAGACCAUCCUGCCCGAGUCGGAUGGUCUCAUCGAAGUAAACCUCUUGGAGGUUGGGCUCACCAUCCACAUCGACAAGGACGUGCCUAGGAUCAUCUCAAAAAAUAUUGAGCAUGCGUUGACCAACGCCUUUGCGCCACUCGGCAUCGAUGACUGGAACUCCAUCUUCUGGGUGGCGCACCCCGGUGGGCCGGCAAUUCUUGACAUGAUCGAGGCCAAGGUCAACCUGAACAAAAAGCGGAUGAGUGCCAGCAGGCACGUCCUGUCCGAAUACGGCAACAUUGCCGGCGCCACUGUCCUCUUCAUUCUGGAUGAGAUGCGUAAGCGCUCUGCCGAGGAGAACCAUGCCACUACUGGCGAGGGCAUGGACUGGGGCGUCCUCUUCGGAUUUGGCCCCGGCAUCACCCUCGAGACCGUCGUCAUCCGGAGCAUGCCUAUCAACACCACCACAUGAUCCAUACUAGUGGAGAGCAUGUGUGGUGGCAGAAACGUUUCUUUCCUGAAUAAGUCACCUUAUCAGCAUUUUCAUUGUUGAAUAAGUUACCUUCUCUUGAAGUGUAUUAGGCUCUCGUUGCUAAUCAAGUUGUAUUGUGCUAUACUAUUUGUGAUUGUUAUUUAAUAAUUUUUCAUGCAAAA